CGCGCCGCCGCUCCCGCACCCGGCGCGGGGGUUCCCGCGCGGACCCCGAGGUUUGUUUACGUCCGGACGGGUGCCCCGGGGCCACCGGCAGCCGCCCGGGUCUUUUGUGUGCCUGCCCGAGUGGCGCGGACCGGCCCCUCCGCGGGCAGAGACCCGGGUAGGGGUGCCUGGGGGUAAACUUGCGAGGGGCGGCGGGCAGCCCGCGCGCUGAGCCCGAGGGUCGCAGCGCCCCGCGGGAGCCGGUGCGGGCGGAGGGCAGCAACUUUCCCCGAGCUCAGGCCCCGCGCUGCGCCCUGGCGCGCCGUCUACCCGGUUGGGGGCCGCUUCCUCCCUGCCGCCGGUCCGGAGCCCCGACCCCAGAAGCUCCGGCGGCCCCCAGUGACCCGCCGGCUCUGCUCUGGCGCUCUCCUCUGAGGCCCUGACCUCCCAACUGGGUCCGCGGGCUCAAUGGAGCGCGCGGCGGGUCCUUUCCGAAAUGCCGCCUCGGGUCGGCUUCCCGAAAGCAAAGCCCCGGGGGCCCCGCUGGACUGUGAUGUGCCGGGCCGUGGUCCGCGCGCCGAGCCCGGGGCGUUGCUCGGGGAUCGUGCGGGGGCUCCCCGUCCGGCGCCGGUGCCGCCGUUGUGCCCAGGGGGCGCGUUUCUGCCUGCCACCCGCGACCCAGAGGAGCCGCGCGCCCUCGAGGUUCUUCCCGAACCUGCCGGCUCCGCGUUCGCGGCGCCUGGACAGCCCUGGGACCCCGCCAGGUGGAUGUUGUGCGUAGCCGGAGCCAAGUUGAAGAGGGAACUCGAUGCCACCGCAACAGUCCUGGCGAACCGGCAAGAUGAAAGCGAGCAGUCCAGAAAGCGGCUUAUCGAGCAGAGCCGAGAGUUCAAGAAGAACACUCCAGAGGAUUUGCGCAAGCAGGUAGCCCCACUGCUGAAGAGCUUCCAGGGGGAGAUUGAUGCACUGAGUAAAAGAAGCAAAGAAGCUGAGGCAGCCUUCUUGAAUGUCUACAAGAGAUUGAUCGAUGUUCCAGAUCCCGUACCGGCUCUGGACCUCGGGCAGCAGCUCCAGCUCAAAGUGCAGCGUCUGCACGACAUUGAAACGGAGAACCAGAAACUUCGGGAAACUCUGGAAGAAUACAACAAGGAAUUCGCUGAAGUGAAAAACCAAGAGGUUACAAUAAAAGCACUUAAAGAAAAAAUCCGAGAAUAUGAACAGACUCUGAAGAAUCAAGCGGAGACUAUAGCUCUCGAAAAGGAACAAAAGUUACAAAAUGAUUUUGCAGAAAAGGAGAGAAAGCUGCAGGAGACACAGAUGUCCACCACCUCAAAGCUGGAGGAAGCAGAGCACAAAGUCCAGACUCUGCAGACAGCCCUGGAAAAAACCCGAACAGAAUUAUUUGACCUGAAAACCAAAUAUGAUGAAGAAAUUACUGCCAAGGCUGACGAAAUUGAAAUGAUCAUGACGGACCUUGAAAGAGCAAACCAGAGGGCAGAGGUGGCCCAGAGAGAGGCGGAGACCUUGCGGGGACAGCUCUCGUCGGCCAACCACUCUCUCCAGCUGGCCUCGCAAAUCCAGAAGGCGCCGGACGUGGAGCAGGCCAUAGAGGUGCUGACCCGCUCCAGCCUGGAAGUGGAGUUGGCCGCCAAAGAGCGGGAGAUCGCCCAGCUGGUGGAGGACGUGCAGCGGCUUCAGGCCAGCCUCACGAAGCUGCGUGAGAACUCGGCCAGCCAGAUCUCCCAGCUCGAGCAGCAGCUGAGUGCCAAGAACAGCACGCUCAAACAACUGGAGGAAAAGCUUAAAGGACAGGCCGACUAUGAGGAAGUAAAGAAAGAACUAAGCAUUCUGAAAUCCAUGGAGUUUGCGCCGUCCGAGGGAGCUGGGACACAGGACGCAUCCAAGCCCCUGGAGGUGCUGCUGCUCGAGAAGAACCGCUCACUGCAGUCCGAGAAUGCCGCACUGCGCAUCUCCAACAGCGACCUGAGCGGGUCAGCCAGGAGGAAAGGGAAAGACCAGCCUGAGAGUCAGCGCCCUGGAUUGCCGGCCUCCCCUCCUCCUCAGUUGCCCCGCAACACGGGGGAGCAGGCCUCCAAUACUAACGGUACCCACCAGUUCUCACCAACGGGGUUAACGCAAGACUUUUUCAGCUCAUCCCUGGCAAGCCCCAGCCUGCCCCUGGCUUCUACGGGAAAAUUUGCACUAAACUCUCUCCUCCAGCGACAGCUAAUGCAGUCCUUCUACUCCAAGGCCAUGCAGGAAGCAGGAAGCACAAGCGUGAUUUUUUCAACAGGUCCAUACAGCACAAACUCCAUAUCUUCCCAAAGUCCGUUACAGCAGAGCCCAGAUGUAAAUGGCAUGGCCCCAUCCCCCAGCCAGUCUGAAAGUGCUGGGAGCGUCUCCGAGGGCGAGGAGAUAGACACUGCAGAAAUCGCCCGGCAGGUGAAGGAACAGUUGAUCAAGCACAAUAUUGGACAGCGCAUUUUCGGACAUUACGUCUUGGGACUGUCUCAAGGGUCCGUGAGCGAGAUUCUGGCCCGACCCAAGCCGUGGAAUAAACUGACCGUUCGCGGCAAGGAGCCCUUCCACAAGAUGAAGCAGUUCCUCUCGGAUGAGCAGAACAUCCUGGCACUCCGCAGCAUCCAAGGCAGACAAAGAGAGAAUCCAGGCCAGAGCCUGAACAGACUAUUUCAGGAAGUACCGAAACGAAGAAAUGGGUCUGAAGGUAACAUCACGACCCGGAUCCGAGCCUCCGAGACCGGGUCCGAUGAAGCAAUCAAGUCCAUCCUGGAACAAGCCAAAAGGGAGCUGCAGGUGCAAAAAACCGCAGAGCCAGCCCAGCCUUCCUCCACGUCUGGCAGCGGGAGCUCAGACGACGCCAUCCGCUCCAUCCUGCAGCAGGCCCGCCGCGAGAUGGAGGCCCAGCAGGCCGCCCUCGACCCUGCCUUAAAGCCGGCGCCGUUGUCCCAGGCCGACAUCGCCAUCCUGACCCCCAAGCUGAUACCCUCCUCACCCAUGUCGUCCGUGUCCAGCUACCCUCCGCUCGCCCUCUCCCUGAAGAAGCCCCCCUCCGCCCCCGACGCCAGCACCUCCGCUCUGCCCAACCCCCCGGCCCUCAAAAAGGAGUCCCAAGACGCGCCCGGGCUGGACCUCCAGGGAGCAGCCGAGCCUGCCCAGGGCGUUCUGAGGCAUGUGAAGAACGAGCUGGGCCGCGGCGGCGUGUGGAAGGACCACUGGUGGAGCACCGUGCAGCCCGAGAGGAAGAGCGCCGCUCCUCCCGAGGACACCAAGCUGGAAGAGGCCGGCGGCGCGAAGGAGAAGGGCGGGGGCAGCCAGCCGCGGGCAGAGCGCGGCCAGCUCCAGGGACCCUCGUCGUCGGAGUACUGGAAGGAGUGGCCCAGCGCCGAGUCGCCGUACUCGCAGAGCUCGGAGCUGAGCCUGACCGGAGCCAGCCGCAGCGAGACGCCCCAGAACAGCCCCCUGCCCUCCUCCCCGAUCGUGCCCAUGUCCAAGCCCGCCAAGCCCUCAGUUCCCCCGCUGACGCCGGAGCAGUACGAGAUCUACAUGUACCAGGAGGUGGACACCAUCGAGCUCACCCGGCAGGUGAAAGAGAAGCUGGCCAAGAAUGGCAUCUGCCAAAGGAUCUUCGGGGAGAAGGUACUGGGCCUGUCCCAGGGCAGUGUCAGUGACAUGCUGUCGCGGCCGAAGCCUUGGAGCAAGCUCACCCAGAAAGGCCGCGAACCCUUCAUCCGGAUGCAGCUCUGGCUGAACGGCGAGCUGGGCCAGGGUGUCCUGCCCGUGCAAGGGCAGCAGCAAGGGCCAGUCCUCCAUUCCGUGACGUCACUGCAGGAUCCCCAGCAGCAGGGCUGUGUGAGCUCAGAAAGCACUCCAAAGACCUCUGCUAGCUGCAGCCCUGCGCCCGAGUCGCCAAUGAGCUCCAGCGAAUCAGUGAAGAGCUUGACUGAACUGGUCCAGCAGCCCUGUCCCCCCAUUGAGACGAAUAAGGACGGCAAGCCACCAGAGCCCAGCGACCCACCCGCCUCAGACUCCCAGCCCGCCACACCACUGCCCCUCUCCGGACACUCGGCCCUCAGCAUUCAGGAGCUGGUAGCCAUGUCUCCCGAGCUGGACACCUACGGCAUAACCAAGCGAGUCAAGGAGGUGCUGACGGACAACAACCUCGGUCAGCGCUUAUUUGGGGAGACCAUCUUGGGGCUCACCCAAGGCUCCGUCUCCGACCUCCUUGCUCGCCCAAAGCCCUGGCACAAGCUCAGUCUGAAGGGCCGGGAGCCCUUCGUCCGGAUGCAGCUGUGGCUGAAUGACCCCAACAAUGUGGAGAAGCUGAUGGACAUGAAACGGAUGGAAAAGAAAGCCUACAUGAAGCGGCGGCACAGCUCAGUCAGCGACAGCCAGCCCUGCGAGCCCCCCUCUGUUGGCAUCGACUACAGCCAGGGCGCCAGCCCCCAGCCCCAGCACCAGCUGAAGAAGCCCCGCGUGGUGCUGGCUCCGGAAGAGAAAGAAGCUCUGAAACGAGCGUAUCAGCAAAAGCCAUACCCGUCACCAAAAACCAUCGAAGAACUCGCCACCCAGCUCAACUUGAAAACCAGCACCGUCAUCAACUGGUUCCACAACUACAGGUCUCGGAUCCGCAGAGAACUGUUCAUUGAGGAGAUUCAGGCCGGGAGCCAGGGCCAGGCCGGGGCCAGCGACUCCCCGUCAGCCCGGAGCAGCCGGGCCGCGCCCAGCUCGGAGGGCGACAGCUGCGACGGCGUGGAGGCCGCCGAGGGCCCGAGCGCCGCGGACGCCGAGGAGUCGGGCGGCCCCGCGGCCGCCGCCAAGUCUCAGGGAGGGCCGGCCGACGCGGCCGCGGCCCCGGAGGAGCGGGAGGAGGCGCCCAGGCCGGCGGAGAAGGCGCACCCGCCGCCCUCGGGGGCCCCGGCCCCAGACGACGCGGACGACGAGGGCCGGCCCCGGGCGCCGCCGCCGCCGCCGCCGCCGCCGCCGCCGCCCGAGGGCCCCGCCGAGGGCCCGGGGCCCGUGCCAAACCCCGCCGCCGCCGCCGCCGCUACCACCACCGCCGCCGCCGCCGCGCCCGCGGCCGGGGAGGACGCCGCUACCUCAGCCGCCCCGCCGACGGAAGGCCCCUGCCGGGCCCGGGACGGCGCCGACAGGAGUUCCGCUUUGCCAAGCACCAGCGCGCCGGCGGCCGCCCGCAGGGCCAGCUCGCUGCAGACCCUCUUCGGCCUCCCGGAGGCGGCAGGCGCCAGGGACUCUCGAGACAACCCCUUGAGGAAGAAGAAGGCCGCGAACUUGAACAGCAUAAUCCACCGCCUGGAGAAGGCCGCCAGCCGGGAGGAGCCCAUCGAAUGGGAGUUCUGAGAGGGCGCCGCCCGCCCGUCCCGCCGCGAGCCGAGCCGAGCAGAGUCGGGCCGGGCCACGCCGGGCCGGGCCGAGUCGGGCCGAGUCUGGCCGAGCUGGACCCGGCGGGGCCGAGCCGGGUCUGGCCGAGCCGAGCCGAGCCGAGCCGAGCUGAGCUGGGCAGAGCCGGGCUGGGCCGGGCAGAGGGGCGGGCGCCGACUCCGCGGCCUGGACCGUGUUGCGCACUUACCGCCCUGCGGGCCACAGGGCAAAAUCGCCAUAGGCCAAGGUGCAUAUAGAAAACAAAGGAGCAUUAAGCCCAAUCUAUGUCGUGUUUUCAAGGAAGAAAACGGAAAUGUGUAGUCGAGCUUUUUUGUACCCUGAAGUGUUUUUUUUAUUGCCCUAAGUGAUUUCCACAGGUUCUGGAAUAACUCUUACAGCUUUGCCUUGCGCCCUCCUCUUUCGUGUGGGCUUUAAAAAAAAAAAAUCAAACCCACAUAUUAAAAGGGGGCUUUUUAUCUGCCAUCUAAUGGCUUCAGAGCGAUAAUACACUAUUAUCUUCUUAAACCAGGAAAAAAAAAGGGGGGGUGGGAGGGGGGAUUUUUCAGAAAAAUUAAAAAAAAGUUUUUUGUAGCUGUUCAGUUGCCACUAAGAGAUUGCACAGUCAAACCGACUCUAAACACACUAGUUUGGAUUCCUAAAUAUUUUCAAGUAAAGAAUCUUCUCGUUUGAAACUUUGAAUUAAAAUAAAACACAUUUACUCCACAUAUUUUUUAACAGAAAGAGAAGUCACAUCAGGAAACGAUCUGAUUUUGUGGUAGCUGACGUAGUGUUUUCUUGUACGUGAAUAGAAUCCUGACAUGUAGUGCACAUGAUCCAUAGCUUUAACUGGCUCUGGGCUUUUGCCGGCCAGGGUCUGUUUAAUACACUCCAUUCUAGGCCAAAUCAGGACAAAAAGAAAAAGAUCCGAAUCUAGGUAUUUUAUAAUCUGCUUUUUAACCUCUAACCGCAGAGCACGCUGAUCAGACCUCAUAUCUCGGAGGUUAGGAGACAAGUUAGAACUGUAGCACGUCCCCGUUCAUUCUGUUUUAAUUUAUGGUGUCUACGUCUGCGUUAGUGCGUCUGCACACGUGCGAGCGUGUAAAGGAAGGAGGAAAGGGUGGGCCGCCGAGGUGGCAGCAGGCAGUUGGGGGGGGGGGGGGCGUGCCGCAGGGGUCCCGCCCCGCGUGGUCCGCAGGCUUUCCUUGGCACAGAAGGCAGCACACCUCCCAGCACUCUCCCGGGCGCCUGAUGGACUGAGCCCCACCAGGGGCCACCGCCCCCCCCCCCCCCCCCCCCCCCCCGGGCCCGGGCAGGGCUCUCGUGCACGCGCACUCUCUCUCUCCCGCUCUUCCCACCACAAGCACUGAGGACUGUUGACCGUCGUGGGAAGCUCCCUUCCCUGCAGAAGAGAGAACGUGGCAGUCCCGGCUCUGCCCUCACCCCUGUAGAGAUGGCCCACACUCCCACCAAAACGUUGUUGCUCUUCCCUUCCAGACCAGACCAUCCAUUGGCCCUUUGUUCAUCCUGCCUCUUGGAACAGUUCUUUUAUGCACAGUGUAGGGCAGUCUAAGUACAAACCUGAAGUCUAACUUGUCUCUGAUUCCUCCCGUUGUCUAUGUGUAUAUGCGUGAGACUAGAGGUGGGUGAGAGUGUGCGUGUGUGCGUGUGUGCAAUUUUAUACGUCUGUGUAUUUUCUUAAGUACCUGUGCACACAUAGAGUGCAUUACUGCCACCUUUUUUCAAUAAGCUGUUUUAUCAGUUAUGGCUUCUACAAGUUUGCUAAUUUAGACUCCUUUAUUGCCAUAUCUUUAAACUAACAAUAGAUGAUUUCGGUAUAUAUAUAUAUUUUUUUUUGCUUAUUUAUAGGUGCUGUAUUUUAUUAUCUGAUUGUUAGGAAGGGAUGAAAGGGGCAAAUAUUCUUUAGAGGGAUAGACUGCCGGCAGUAUUGGGUAUAAUUUACAAGAUGUAGUUGUCAUACUGUAUAUUACUGAUUGAAACCUUUUUGACCGUAUUGUGUAUCAUUGAAACCUUUGUCUUAGGUCAACAUCUUUGGAUGGCAUUUUAAUGGUGCAUUCAUUAUUUCUUAAGUUUAAUUAAUAUUACCUUUUUUUUUUGAUUGGGGGGGUGGGAGGGAGUUAUAAUUUUCAAGGUAUGCUCCCGCAAUUACACCUCAGUGUGCUUGUAUUAAUUAACUUGUAGGACUUUGACUGUAAGAUGUGAAGCCACAUUUCUUGCAUGAUGUUUUAGAAAUUACGUAGUUCAUUUACAGUCGUUUAACCUGCAACUGCAGCACUUAGUUAAAGUUUUCACUACACUAAAGACAAUGCCUUUUCAUGAAUAGGAAGUUUUCAGAAGGCUCUAGGAGGCUGGGAGGCAGGCUGUUUGCCUUUGGAUGGUUGUAUCAUCUCUGAACUUGAUACCUGGUUCAGUGAGAAGAGAGUUCAAAAUGGAGGAGCUUAAGGGGAAACAGAUGAACAUCUGGCUCGGUUCAGGUGCAUUAAGAAGAGCGACUUUGCAUUAGUGACACCCCCCCCCCGACAGUGAGUAGCAGAGCCCCUGACAGUACUGUGAUGUCCUCUCCACGAAAACCUCGAGGGAAUCGUGUCCUCAUGUGCGAUGAAUCUCUAAAUAUCUGAUCUUUCAUUGCAAUGAAAAGCAGGGAGUUAACCAGAAAUACUAGGGUAGUGUUUUAGUUUUAUUAAAGGCAUGACUGUUAUUUACAAAGGCGUUAAAUCCAAGGAAAUGGAAAAAGUAUAGACUUGUCCAUCCUAGUGGCCAAAUAGUAACAGUCUAAAACAGUCACUUUGGCUCUUCCAAGCGAUUUAGUCAUUUUUGUUGGGUUUUGGUGGUGGUGGU